AUGUCAUGUAUCAUGUGUAAUGUGUCAUUUAUUGCGUUUGUUAUUUAUUGCGAAGUUCGAGUAUUUGUCUUUGAAACAAAUACUUAUGGCAAUCGUCUUGAGUGUCAAUUGAAUGUUUUUGAAAGAAAAGACACCAUGCCAGUUAUGUGUCGCACUUGUGAAAAAGUGUUUAGCACGCAGUAUAAUUUAAAUAAGCAUUCUAAAAAAGUUCAUCAUGCAAUGCCUAUAGUGGUGUCCUAUGACAAAACGGUUUAUAAUUACAAGUGCCUGGAAAUACAUUGUAAUUGUUCUUUUCGGCAAAAUACAGAUUUAGUUUACCAUUUGCAAAAUCAACACCAAAUCGAUAUACAAAGAGAACAACUGUUUUUCAAGGAUUUUAAAGAAUUUAGUGCAUGGAAGGAAGAAGUAGAGGUAAAAGAAAAAUGUAACUAUAUUAUAUCCCGAGGGAAAAGAGUGACCAGCUCAGGUGCAGAAAUAUCAUAUUAUAUUUGUAAUAGAUCAGGAGUAAGAUCAGAAAAAACUCCAAGAAAUAAAAUUGACGCAAAACGUCUUACCAAGUCGCAAGGAUCUUGUAAAUCAGGUCAGGCUUGCAUCAGUCAAAUAACUGUGCAAAAUAAUGGAAAUGCCAACAUAGAGGUUACGAGGCAGAAAACUCAUUAUGGGCAUAAAGUACAAAUUGAACAUCUCCGCCUUUCAACUGGGAACCGAAAAGCAAUUGCUUCAAAAAUUAUAAAUGGGGCAUCAAAAAUU